AUUUUUGCCAGACAAAUGAACCCUUCUGCUUCUGCUUCACAAUAGUAUGUUUGUUUGGACUUUGCGAAGCUGUAAAUCCGGCUAGCGGCCUGCUGUUAAAAUGUCUCCUCGAAUAUCUAGUCUCCAGCGCUCGUAACGCGAUAGCCAAACCCACUGGGUGCACGCCAUGCCAUAAAGAUAGUCCAACAGCUGACUGAUCCGAUCUGCCUAAGUGCGAGUCGGGGAAGUCGUCGUAGUCCGUCGCAUGCAGGGCAGAUUCAUGAGCGAUCACGAGCCGAGCUGCAGCAUAAUCCGCCAGAUCGGCGGCGCUUAUCAGUAGCGUGCGGCGGGGAUAAAGCGAUACAGAUACGGGCGGACUCUACGUCUGUCAUUCUAUUCCGGCAGCGGUCCGGUGCGGUUGAUCGUCGGAGAUCGAAUCGGAAGGAUUGCAGUUGCUGCGAAAGCAGAGUCCAAAUUUAAGGGAGGACCAUCGCCAGCCAAUCCAUUCGCCAUGGCUCAAGUCGAGGCGCGUACUGUGCUCUGGUACAUGACAUUCAUGGGCUUCAUCGUCAACUACAUGAUCCGGAUCAAUCUGAACAUCACCAUUGUGGACAUGAUUGUCGGCAAGGGUGCGAUUUCCUCAAAUUUAACCGAAAAUAGUACACUCGAAAACUCGACAAAAUUGAAUGAACGAUUUUCGCUGGAGCGUUGGUUUUUGGACUGGGCGAGUAUCCCAUACGAUAGGGAUGGAUUUAACUGGAACGAGAAGCAGCAGGGCGCUCUGUUGGGAUCCUUUUUUUGGGCCCACUGGACCCUGCAGAUUCCCGGCGGUAUCUUGGCGACCAAAUAUGGCACCAAAUUGGUCUUUGGUUGGUCCAACGGCAUCGGUGUGUUCUGCUGUUUCCUCAUACCGAUCGUCUCGUAUUGGAGCUACACUGGCUUGAUUGUCCUUCGAGUGUUCCAGGGCUGGAUUACUGGCUUGGCCUGGCCAUCGAUGCACGUGCUCACCGCCAAGUGGAUUCCGCCCAACGAGCGCAGCAAGUUUGUCAGUGCCUAUUUGGGUAGCUCCGUGGGCGUGGCCCUGUUCUAUCCGAUCUUCGGCUACAUCAUCGACUGGACCAGAUGGGAGUGGGUUUACUAUAUCUGCGGCAUCGUGGGAACCCUGUGGUUCAUCGCCUGGCAGUUUCUCGUCUUCGACACUCCCGCCCAGCAUCCCCGCAUCGCCGAUUCGGAAAGGAAGUAUAUCGAAAAGUCCUUGGGAGCCUCGGUUCAAAGUGCCAAGGGACCCACGCCCUGGAAGGCGAUAGCCACCUCGCGUCCGGUUUGGCUGAAUGUGGUUGCCCAAUGGGGCGGCAUCUGGGGCCUGUUUACACUGAUGACCCAUGCGCCCACCUACUUCAGCAAGAUCCAUCACUGGAACAUCCGAGCGACGGGCUUCUUGUCGGGAUUGCCCCAUCUCAUGCGGAUGAUCUUCGCCUAUGUCUUCUCCACUUUUGCCGAUUAUCUUCUACGGACGGAUCGCCUGAGUCGCACCAAUGUGCGCAAGUUGGCCACCUUUAUCUGUUGUGGCGUUAAGGGUUUCUUGAUCUUGGCGCUAGCCUACUUUGGUUACAAUGCCACGGCAGCUAUAGUGCUGGUUACAGUGGCCACCAUGUUCCAUGGCGCAGUGUCCUCCGGUCCAUUGGCUUCCAUGGUGGAUCUGUCGCCCAACUAUGCCGGCAUUGUCCUGGGAGUGAGUGGAAUGAUUGGUGGAAUGCCGGGCUUCAUAUCGCCCCUGAUCGUGGGUCAGCUCACCUACCAAAAUCAAACAAUUGAGGCCUGGAAGAAUGUUUUCCUGCUCAGCUCGUUCAUGUUGACCGGCAGUGGCAUUCUGUAUGUGCUUUUCUCGGAAUCCACAUUGCAGCCAUGGAAUAGUGGAUGCCAUCAAUUGCCCGAAUCCGGGCUCAAGGAACUCCAGAACCUGGGGAGCAACAAGGAAGAUGAGGAGGAGGAGAAGAAGCCGCUGAAGGCCGACCAGGAUGAUCAGUACACGGAAACACAUAGUGUGGCUGAAAGGGAGACUAAAUCGAAAUCCGACGGCGAUGAGAAGUGACUUGGGGCUGCGUCACUCCAUUUUAUUGGCAUAAUACCGUGUUGGUUAUGGCACCUAGCCGAACAACGUCUGAUAACGCUUAUCGCCAUUUUGUGUAAAUAAUUACCCUUGGAUUCGGCGAGUUUAGCAUCUCCAACCUCCAGGUUUAAGCAAGUUGUUUACUAUAACAUAGGAUUAGGUCUCUUUUUUUCCUGAGAUUCUGUUUGUCCAGUGUGUGCUUUUAGUCAAAUACAAUAACAAAUUCAAAUGAUUUA